CAUUCCCACUUCUAGAAAGUUCUCUCACAGGAUAUAAAGAGCAGGAAAGUGUGUUCCAGUUACACUCUCCACAGGACACAAGUCAGAGAAGAAGAAACACUGCAAAUCUGUGCCAGAAUGAAAAUCGCAGACCUCAAAAGAUCUCAAGGCUGCUGCAGCUGCUUUCGGAGACAAACAGGAUGUGGAUGACGAACGUUGUUGCUCUUUGUCUGCUGGCCCUCGUGGCCUCCGCAGAGGAUAAGAAGCUGAGCAGCCAUGCCACCACGCUGGCUGAUAACAGCGCCAAUCUGGCCUUCAGCCUCUACCACAACAUGGCCAAGGAGAAGGACACAGAGAACAUCCUGAUCUCUCCUGUGGUGGUGGCUUCCUCUCUGGGCAUGGUGGCUCUUGGUGGAAAGUCCUCCACAGCCUCUCAGGUCAAAACUGUCCUCAGCGCUGACAAACUGAAGGAUGAGCAUCUGCACGCAGGCCUGUCCGAGCUGCUCUCUGAGGUGAGCAAUGCCAAGACACGCAACACAACGUGGAAGAUCAACAACCGCCUCUACGGCCCCAGCUCUGUCUCCUUUGCUGAUGACUUUGUGAAGAACAGCAAGAAGCACUACAACUACGACCACUCAAAGAUAAACUUCAGAGACAAGAGGAGUGCGGUGAACUCCAUCAACGAGUGGGCGGCCAAGUCCACAGAUGGCAAGGUGCCCGAGGUCACCAAGGACGUGCAGAACGCAGAUGGAGCCAUGAUUGUCAACGCUAUGUACUUCAAGCCUCACUGGGAUGAGAAAUUCCAUGAUAAAAUGGUGGACACACGAGCUUUCUUGGUGACCCGCUCAUUCACUAUUGGAGUUCCCAUGAUGCAUCGUACAGGUCUCUACGACUUCUGCGACGACACAGAGAACCGUAUCUAUGCUCUCAACAUGCCUCUGGGCCAGAAACAGGCCUCUAUGAUCUUUAUCAUGCCCUACCACCUGGAGCCCCUGGAACGCCUGGAGAAACUCCUGACCAGGGCGCAGGUGGACACCUGGGUCAGCAAGAUGGAGAACAGGGCUGUGGCCAUUUCCCUCCCCAAAAUCGCAAUGGACGUCAGCCACAAUCUGCAGAAAAAUCUGGCUGAUCUCGGCCUGACCGAGGCUGUGGACAAAGCCAAGGCUGACUUGUCCAACAUCUCUGGAAAGAAGGAGCUCUACCUGUCAAACGUGUUCCACGCCUCAGCUCUGGAGCUGGACGUGAACGGAAACCCGUUCGACACCAGCAUCUACGGCUCAGACAAGCUGAGGAACCCCAAACUCUUCUAUGUAGAUCACCCCUUCAUUUUCCUGGUGAAAGACAAUAAGACCAACUCCAUCCUGUACAUCGGCAGAGUGGUUAAACCUAAAGGAGACAAGAUGCGUGACGAGCUAUAAUGUUAAUGUUGUGAAUUGGGGUGGGUAGCUUUGUUACUUCUGAUAUGGUGGCAGGAAAUUGUGAUAUUUUUGGUAUGACUGUUACCUCAUGAGCACAUUCCAAUAGGCAACCUGUGGACCGAGUACCUGAACUUUUAGACACACUAAAAUCUCCCAGGGAACAAUUCUGUAUACUUAUCAGCCCACUAGCAUUGAAUUAUGUUCCAUGU